AUGCGUCGCAUAAGUGGAACCGUGCUCGGAAUAGCCCUGCUCCUGACUCUCGCUAUCGUGUGCCACGCCGACACCCGGUAUAAUGUCAGCUUUGACGAAUUGCACAAAUGCAAGCAGCACAACGCUAUCAAUGGGUACAACUAUCGGGCGUUCUUCAAGCUGCAUGAGCUGCAGCAUCACGAUCCAACAGCUGACCCCGAUCUGGUGGUCGAUCUUCUAGUGUACGUGUUGGCCGCUCGCGACGGUCAUAUUCUGCUGGCGGAACAGAACAAAACGAGUGGAACUGCGCUGGAAAUAGUGCUUGGUGGCGGUGGAAAUACAUUUUCGCAGAUACGUUUCGGCCAGAAGGGUUCGCCGUUGAGGACGAAGGCAAGCGCUGGACUGUUGUCACCGAUUGAUCCACUUCCGGUGCGCGUUCGUAUCUAUGCAGAAGGGCAGAUCAGAAUUUACGCCGGCAAUCUUACUGGGGAACCGUUCAUGGAAGCGAUGAUGCCAAGCAAGAAUUCGAGCGGGCUGAGUUACGUCAGCUUUACCACGUGGGGUACGGCUUUGGCGAAAUGGUUCUAUGACUGUCCGCUGCCCUCAAACGCCACCGACGGUACGGUGAUGAUUGAUGGUAGCGAGCUCGAGCAAGAGUACGAUGGAAAGCAACGUUUGAUCGAUCAUCUGAAGUCGGUACCGCGAUGGAUUGAUCCACCGGUCAACUUUACGGGCGUUCAAAUUUCGCACAUGUACGUGCAAGGGUUCGUUUACGAUCAGACCACUAAUCUGAUCGAGCUGUCGGGUGCGAUGGGCCUAUCCUGGCAGGAUUCACGCUACAACUGGAACGCAUCCGACUUCGACAACGUGACCGUGGUCGGUGACGUGUGUCACACGAUCUGGACGCCAGCUUUCGAAACGUUGAGCCUCUUCACUGGACCGUACUCGCUCUGCUUUCUCUCGCAGGAAGGAACCGUAAUAGUCGAAAUCGAGGAGUUUUCGUGGGUCAAUUUCUGUACCCUUUCGGAUAGCUAUAGGUGGCCGUAUGACGUAAACGCUUGCCAAUUGCAACUUUUGGCGGCAGGCCAUGAGCGAAACGUACCUAUUCGUGUAGUUAUGGGAAUGGUGCUUUUUGAUCCGGACUUUGAACAAUCAGAAUGGUCCAUAAAAACCAUCGGUAAGCAUGAGUACGAGCAGACCAUUACGCCGUAUGGACAGCAACCAAUGCUCGAAAUGCACAUCGAAAUGAUGCGGAAAAGUGAUAUUCAUUCCGUUUCGAUUUAUCCAUCAUAUUUUGUUGCUAACCUGCUGAUAUCCAUUUCCUUCCUGGUCGAUGGGCGAUCGCGGCUGUUACUGAACUCGCUCGGUCUAAUCGUGGUGCUGAAUUCAUUUCUGAGCCUCUCCGUCAUUGUGCCACGUGCUGGAGUUCCAAAAAUAUAUAUCUUCUUCCAAUGGUCACUCGUGUUCUACACACUGUCGUCGAUUCUUUUCGUGAUCGAGCUGUGGUUAAAGAAAACACGAGCUCACAUAUCACCUGGAUCCUGGAUUGGUCGAGUUAUAAGCUUCCCGGCACUAAGGUUCGCACUGGCCAUGGAUCAAAGGAGUAACUAUAACACGUUGGAGCGUAAAAAUGUCCGAUGGGAUGAAGUGACGUGCAUUCUGAACCGAAUCAUAAUGGUUGUUGUGGUGAUCGUGUUUGGCAUUGGAUUCACAAAACCGUGAAGU